AUGCGCCACGCCCAUUUCUAUAGGGGCGAUGGCGCUUACAUGUACCGCUCGUCGCACUCCCUAGCGCUCGUCGCACUCCCUUCCGCCGUCGCCCUCCCUUCCGUCCGUCACCCUCCAUUCCGUCGUCGCCCUCCCUUCCGCCCGUCGCCCGUCCCCAUGCCUUCCGCCCGUCGCUCUCCCUUCCGCCCGUCGCCCUCCCUUCCGCCCGUCACCCUCCCUUCGUCUCGUUGCCCUCCCUUCCUCCCAUUGCCCUCCCAACCACCCGCCGCCCUACCUUCCCCUCGUCGCGCUCCCUUCCGCUUGUUGCCCCCCUUUGUCUCAUCGCGCUCCCUGCUGCUCAUCGCCCUCCCUCCCGCUCGUCCCCUCGCCCUCCCCGUAUCUCGCUCCCCUCAUCGCCCUUGCAUCCUCGCCCUGCUUUCCUGUGUCCCUGUGUCCCUUUCCCUGCUUCCUCGUGUUCCCUUCCCUGCUUCCCCGUGUCCCCUUCCCUACUUCCCCGUGUCCCCUGCUUCCCCCCAUCCCCUUCCCUGCGUCCCCCCAUCCCCUGCUUCCGCGUGUCCCCUUCCUUGCUUCCCCCCAUCCCCUUCCCUGCUUCCCCGUGUCCCCUUCUCUGUUUCCCCGUGUCCCCUUCCCUGCUUCCCAGUGUCCCCUUCCCUGCUUCCCCGUGUCCCCUUCACUGCUUCCCCCCAUCCCCUUCCCUACGUCCCCCCAUCCCCUUCCCUGCUUCCCCGUGUCCCCUUCCCUGCUUCCCUGUGUCCCUUUCCCUACUUCCCCGUGUCCCCUUCCCUGCUUCCCCCCAUCGGAGUCCCUGCUUCAAUUCCCUGCUUUCCCCCAUCCACUUCCCUGCUUCCCUUCAUCCCCUUCCCCGCUCCCCCCCAUCCACUUCCCUGUUUCCCCCCAUCCCCUUCCCUGCUUCCGCCCAUCCCAAUCCUUGCUUUCGCCCAUCCCAAUCCCUUCUUCCCCCCAUCCCCUUCCCAGCUUCCUCCCAUCCUCUUCCCUGCUUCCCCCCCAUCCCCUUCCCUCCCUCCCCCCUUUCUGCUUCCUUUAUCCUCGCCCACCUCACCGCCUGCCCAAGUAUCGCCUGCCCACCUUACCACCUCAAAUCAUUUCUUUCUCAUCCGCGUGCAGGUGUGGCGGAAGGUGCACGUCGCGCGGAGCGUAUUGGAGGAGUGGUUUGAUGUGAUAAUCACUGAGAACGCCAUUCUUUGGCAUGUCAACCCCCGCCAAGCUUAG